AUGCCGACGGUUUUUCAGACAGAUUCACCUCCAUCAAGUCCAAGAAGCCCACCUCGCAAAAGAACCAAGUUUUCAUUGAAGCUUAAGAACAAGAAGAAGUCGCAGAGCGAGAUCGAAAACAGAGAGAAGUUAUGCCCAAUAUUUAGCCCCUCGACUGCUCAGAAUACAAAUGAUGAUGACGUAUUGGAACCUCUUAUUCCUCCUCCUUUUGCUGGACUGAAGAAUCUUGGAAAUAUUUGCUAUGCAAACGCUGUACUGCAAGUGUUGCGGUUUUGUCCUGGCUUAAUGCAAUCUGUCAUGGAAAUCGACUCACUCGUUAGAAAGCUAUAUCCCUCAAAAUCAGCUGACGAUGAACAGGUAAUCUGUUACUUCGUGUCAGAGUUAGGUGAUAAGACUUGAUUUCUAGUCAAGGCGGAGAGAUAGACACUCAAUUAGUUGAGUCACGAUGUAAGGAACGAACUUCCAUUGGGGUACUGAAAGGGUUAACGAUUUUGUGUUUUGGUCAAAUGAAAUAAUUUUGAUGAAUGUGUUCACUGUAUUAGUAGCAACCAUUCUCUUCCUUUUCAUUAUUUUUUUUAUUAUUAUUACUAUUAUUACUAUUAUUAUUAUUAUUAUUAUUAUUAUUAUUAUUAUUAUUUACCAUAUUACAAGCAUUUCCUCUCUACAAGGCUUAUAUGCUCGGAUUUGGUCAGGUUUGUAAAGGUUCUUCAAGGGUUAGGGUUACGUUCCCUACUCUUUGCAACAAGUGUGUGGGUUCUUUAACGUCCCCCUACUAACCAGUACUAAGGAUCCAAGAAGAUUAGAAUGUCUAACCAUUUGCAGAUAUCAUAGCAAAGGCAGCACAUUCUCCUUUUUUUAAGACUCUGAGUGUGGUUCCAGUCUGGGUCUUGAACCCUGACCUCCCUCACAGUAGUCAAGCGCUCAUCCACAUGAGCUAACCAGGCAGUGGUUAUUGACAUAUUGCUAUAUUGAGGACAUCUGUCUAGAAGCAAAUGUAGGAAUUUUCAGGAGAGAGAGGUUUUCUCAACUAUCUAAAAGAAACAAAAAAUUUACAGAGUGUACUAAUUGUCCAUAAUAACUAACUCAAUAAAAUUCUGUUAGGGAUAAUUUAGGAAAAUAGCAAAGAGCAGCUGAAUCUUUUUGAUUGUUAUAAAAUCAGUGACAGCAAGAAUCCCUUUCAAAGACUGCAGAACUUGUUUGAUGAUGUAGUUGUUUUUACUGCAAACUGGGUAUAUAAUGUUUCAUUAACCCUCACAUUUCAUUACAAGGAUUUCUUUUUUUUAAUAGAAAAGAGCAGCUUAAUCUGUCUAAUUGUUGUAAAUUUGAUCCCAUUCCAAAUCUUCUCCCCAAAGAUUGCAGAAUUUGUUGCAUGAUAAAGUUGCUUCUACCACAAACUGGGUACAUAAUGUUUCAUUAACCCUCACACUUCAUCAAAAGGACUCCUUAGUUUAGCACCUGAAGAACAUUGUAGAGAUCUGUCCUAGUUACAAUGUGAAUUUCACACAAUAUGUUUGUUAUUAUAAGGGCCCAGAUAAAGACAUAGACCCUUGUGGCAUUGCUGGUAAUGAUCACAGAGCAGUUGUUUGCAAACUAAAAGAGGUGAGAUAAUUAGAGAUUCCUUUCAUUUUCAUUGUUAUUUGUGCAUUGAAAGUCUCUGCUUAGUGUUACUAAGCAGAGACUUUCAAAUUCAUAUAUAUAUAUAAAUUUGUUUAGACGUAUAUCACCAUGACAAAUUCAUGUUGCGUUGUCUUACUUAGCUUUUCAGUGAGAUGAAUGAGCUGGAGCUGGAUUAUGGUGAGAACAAAGAGAAUUGUGAUCAUCUUGUGCAAAGAAGAAAUCAUCUGAUUCUUGCUGCAAUACCUUAUGGCUUCAUGGAGAUGUUUAGGUUUGUUGUAAUUUUCCAUGUUAUGUCCUCCUGAGUGUGUGGUCAGGGUGUGCUCUAGAUAAUGAUGAUUAUUACCCACACAAACUUCCCAGCCUAUUUUCCUGAAAAGCACAUCUUGGUGCUUACACAAACAAACACCUACAAAUGGUUAAUUUGACCUUUAACCACUCUUUUCAAUCACAUGUCAACAUUUUUUAAAUAUCUUCUCUUUGAACAGGAAGCAAAAUCCAAUAUUUGAGGACAAACAGCAGCACGAUGCCCAAGAAUUCUUGUGCAGCUUGCUUGUAAAUCUUCAAGAUACAGAGAAUGAUGUUAAAAAGAAAAUUGAAGAUGCAACAGUUGUAAGAGAUUUAGAUGCCCUAUUUGUCAAUUUAAAGAGUAACAACAAAGUGAGCAAACAUAUAAGUAAAGUGGAAGAAUUGUUUCAGGGACAACUUCUGCAUCAGACUAAAUGCAUGACAUGUGAAGAGGCCAAGAAACGAUUUGAAAGUUUCCAAGAUAUCAGUGUUCCAGUUCAACAGGAGCCAAGAGUGUAUGAUGCAAAAACUGCUAACACAUUUUCACCAACACCAAAGAAAGGACAAGAUGGCAAAAGCCUUCCUUGGGCCCUGUCUCAGUUUGCCAGGAUAGAACAUCUGACAGGAGAAAACAAAUACUUUUGUGGGAAUUGUCUCACCCAUUCUGAAGCUGAGAUAUCCACAUGUUUUGACAAACUGCCAAGCAUACUUACAAUCCACCUCAAGAGGUUUACUGCGAACACUUUAUUGGGGUAAGCCAUCAGCAAAAAAUAAUUUAAUACUAUCAACAGUGUAACAUAUUAAGCUUAUAUUUUGGCAAACAACAUAUGGAACUGUGAAUAUUGUAAGGGACCUUACCUAGGUUGGAAGGCAAAGUUAAGGAAAAUUGUGAUGAACAAUGAAUAAAAUAUCUUUUUCAAAAGAAUUUGGCAAAUGGCUGGAUUGUUAACCUUCUUCAAAGGGUUAGAAAAUGUAUUGCUCUACUCACUAAAACUUUUUCAAACAACAUUCCCCUUCCUGUUGUUGUUUUGGUCUGCUGUAGGUCCCUAUUGUCAGAGUGCAACCACCUGAUGUUGUUUUCUUUUCUUCAGCAGAUUUUCAUUAAACAGUGUUUCCAAGAUAACUUCAAAUCUUGAGACACCCAUGGAGCUGUCUUUGAAAGAGUGGUGUUCAAAAUCAUGUCCUCUAUCUAACCCUACCUACCAUCUAUUUGGCAUUGUAAUGCACAGUGGUAUGACAUCUUGCAGUGGACACUAUCAGGCUUAUGUUCAGGUGCCAAAACACUAUCAGCAUGGCAACACACAGGUAUUGUCAUCUCAUAAUGGAAAGAAGGUGGACAGUUAUGAAGCAUUAGCUGCAGAGUUCAAUUCAGACUUUUUCUCAAGUGCUGACAAACCUGAUAAAAUUCAACCCUUGAGUUCAGAAAGCACUGCUGAUAAAGUAAAGACAACAUGUAUUUCUGGAAUAACAAAAUUCUUUCACAAAUCAAAGAGGCAUUCCACAAAUGAGACUAACCCAGAUGAGAGAACUGAUGAAGAAAGCAAACACCAUGGUGAAAAACGAAGAAAUUUUAGCACACCAACAUACAACUGUGCAGGAACUGGAAAGUCAGUGAGUAAGAUCCGCAGUUUUCAGUACCAAGAUGGUGCAAAGUCUCACAGAAGUGCAAUAGAGCAAUUGAAUUUCCAAGAAGAAAAUGACAAACAACAGUAUCAAGAAAAACAGAUGCAGGGUGCUAGACAAAUAUCACAUACUUGUACAAGUGUCACAGAAACUCAGGAAUUACAAUGGAUUCAUUUUGAUGAUGCUGAAGUUAGAACCAUAGAGGAAUCUGAUGUAAAAACAUUGCUGUCGUCAUCUGAAUCAUCCUUUACCUCCCCUUACUUGCUGUUUUACAAGUUAGCUGAGCCAUAUAUGAUUUAAUUUACUGCAUAGAAGAUGGAUUGCUGGAGAAGAUGCUCAUUUUUGUGACUCGAUUUAAUCUUUAUGUCUGUCAUUGUCAAAAGGACAAGGCUUUGUAUUCAAUUCCACGACAGCAUGAUUCACCUUACCACAAAUUUGUCUCUAUGGGCUGGAACCUUUUGUGAAGAAGUUAUUUUACACAAAUAUAAUUUAUCAUCAUAAGUUCUACUCAAUUGUUAAUGAUAUUUUUUUAACUGUAAUACUUGCCUUGUAUGAAUUAGGCAGUAAGUCACAAUUUUUCAUUCAAAUGUGG